AUGGGUCUGAGAUCAGCGGAGACCGUCAAACGUCUCUGCGCCGUCCAAAACCUCUCGCUGUCGCAUGCCAUCGCUGUUUGCAGGGCUGACGAGGCGGCCGCCAGAGACGCCGUGGAGCUGCGGGCAGGCGGACUCGCCCGGGCCGCCGCCCACCGAGUGGACGCCGCCGAGCGCCACCGAGCGCCGCCGAGCGCUGGACCGAGGCGGCGCGACGGCGGCUGGUGCGCUGCGUGCGGCCGGCGACGUCACCGGAUGGGAGACGCGUGUCCGGCCCGGGGUCAGCGCUGUCGCAGCUGCCGUCAGCUGGACCACUUCGCGGCAGUUUGCCCCGACGCAUCCGGCGACUACGAUGACCGCCGACCGACCACGUCGUACGAGCGCCGCCGGCUGGCCCCGUCUCGGCCGCGGAGCUCGCCACCUGGGCGGAGCUACAGGCCCGACCCGUACCGCUCGUCGUCGAGAUCGCCGUCCCCGUCGCUGGACACGCGGCGAUCGCAACGGCGCCAGCCGUGGCGCGGCACCCGGGUCCGCUUCCAGUCGUCGGAGGGCAGCAGUGACCGGAGCCCGGACGGUGCGGCGCGGCGACCGGCCGCGUCGGCCAUCAUCGCGGUCGCUUCGGUGCAGAGCGCCCCCCGCGUGCGCCUGGAUGUCACGGCGCAGCGCCGCGCCUCGGUACUCGCGCUGCCUGACACCGGGGCUGACAUCUGCGUCGGAGAACUCGACUUCCUGAAGGAGAUGGACGAGUACCCGGAGAACUUGCUCCCCCCGGAGCAGCAUCCUCGGACAGCCAACGGCGAGACGGUCAAGUCGCUGGGAGUCCUGCCGGUCUCGCUGAAUCUCGGCCGCGUCUCGGUGCAGGAGUCGGUGCACAUCCUGGAGGGCGUCAGCGGCCUGCUGCUCUCCUGGAAGGCCGGGAAGGGACUUCACAUCAUUCCAGCCGGUUAUCCGCAGCAGAUAACCGCCGAUCUACCGGAACCCGCCUCUGGCUCUCGCACCAGGGACGCACCAGACCGCCCUCGGCCGGGGCCAGCGCGGCAUCGGCACCGGUCUCGCGCCGCGCUGCCCGACGGUGGCACGUCAUCGGACUGCGUGGCGGCGGUGUCGCGCGACGGCGCUGCUGGAGAGGCGACCGCGGCGACACCUGUCGAGCGGCCUGACAGCAGCCUUCCGACCGGUGCACCUGCAUCUGAAGACGGGUCAGCAGAGCCGCCUGUGGACCAGGGAGGCUCCUUCCCGGACAUCACGUCCGAGUUCCCCACCGUGUUCGACGGCCACAUCAGAGUCAUGCCGGGGGAGCAGUUCAAGAUUCACCUCAGGGAGGAAGCCGUGCCGUUCCGCGUGUCGAGCCCACGACGAGUGCCCCUCUCACUCCGCACGCCGCUGAAGGACGAGUUGCAAAAGCUGGUGUCCGAGGGCAUCAUCGUGCCCGUCACGGAGCCGACUGAGUGGUGUGCACCGAUCGUCGUUGAACCGAAGAAGGAGGGAGGAAUCAGGCUGUGCGUGGACCUGUCUCGCCUGAACAAGUUCGUCCGCACCGAGCAGUACCAGGCACCCACCCCGCUGGAGGAAGUUGCCUCUAUAGCGAGCUCGGAGGCGAAGUGGUUCACCGUCUUCGACGCGGCAAAGGGCUACCACCAGUGCCCUCUUCAUCAGGACAGCGUGCUGAAGACGACGUUCAUCACGCCGUUCGGCCGGUACGCGUUUUUACGCGCGCCGUACGGGGUCAGCUCGAUAUCUGACCACUACAACAGGCGCAUGGACGAGGCGUUCUCCGGCCUCACCGGCUACAAGAAGAUCGAUGAUGACGUCGUGGUCUACAGUCGGACCAGGGAGGACCACAUCCGUGACGUCCGUCGCUUCAUGGAGCGCUGCGAGGAGAGAGGUAUCUCCCUGAACCGGCGGAAGCUGCAGCUGGCCCAACAGAAGGUGAAAUUCGCCGGCUUCAUCAUAUCGGCGGACGGCUACGAGCCCGACCCUCAGCUGACGUCGGCCAUCUCGUCGUUCCCGACACCGAAGAACAUCUCUGAGCUCCGAAGUUUCUUCGGCCUCGCCAACCAGGUCGCCCCAUUCGUCGACGAGCUCUCGGAGCUCCUCCUGCCUCUCAGGCCGCUGCUCAGCACCCGAAACGAGUUCGUCUGGGACGAGCAGCAAGAACAGGCGUUCAUAUCAGCCAAGAAAGCGCUGACAUCAGUUCCGAACCUGGCCUACUUCGACCCCAGACGACCAACCUCGCUCUCGACCGACGCCAGCCGCCUCAAGGGAUUCGGCUUCCUCCUACGGCAGCAGCAGGAGGACGGCAGCUGGCGGGUUAUCCAGGCGGGAUCGCGAUUCCUGUCUUCAGCGGAGUCCCGAUACGCCACCAUCGAGUUGGAAGCCACUGCCGUGGUAUGGGCCAUGAAGAAAUGUCACAUCUUUCUCUCCGGACUGACGAGCUUCACGAUAUUCCUCGACCACAAGCCGCUCGUCCCCAUCAUCAACGGCAAGACUCUCGACGAGAUCGAGAACCCGAGACUACAGAGACUGAAGUUGAAGAUGGCAUACUACGGACCAUUCGUAGCCAGCUGGGUGCCAGGAUCCCAGCACAAGGCGGCAGACGCUCUCUCCAGGAGCCCCACCCAACCAGCAGCUGCUGAUGACGAAUGUGGGAAAGACGACGACGCACCUGCCCUCCAGAGCGUCUUGGUAGCUGAGCUUCGAGCGUGCGACACCGACAUCAUGCUGGACCGGGUGGAGUGUGCGACGUCAGAGGACCCCGAGCUCCAGAUGCUCCGAGACAUCAUCUCCACCGGCUUUCCGGCAUCCAGAGCGGAGCUUGCGGAACCCCUCCGGAAGUACUGGCCGGUGCACGACCGACUGUCAGUGGAGGGCGGCAUCAUCUUAUGCGGCAUGCGCAUCCUGGUGCCGCUAUCCCUCCGUAGAUCGACCUUAGCGUCUCUCCAUGCAAGUCACCUCGGGAAGGAGAAGACCAAGGAGCGAGCUCGGCGGGUGGUCUACUGGCCGGGAAUGGACGCCGCCAUCGACGACGUCACCAGAGGAUGCAGUAGGUGUCAGCAAGAGCUGCCAUCCCAGCCGAGGGAGACCAUGCUGCAUCAUGAGCCUGCCGCCAGGCCGUUCCAGGUCCUGGACAUGGACUUCGCAGACCACGCAGGAGGCGAUGCUGGGACGACGGCAGAGGACGGCUCAACGAAGAGGAGUGGACGCGGGGCCUGCUUCAGCAGCGGAACACGCCGGGCGUCAGCGGGAAGUCGCCCGCCGAGAUCGUCUACGGCCGGCCACUGAGGGACGACCUGCCCACGCACCCGUCGCACUUCAAACCAUCGGCGCGCUCGCAGCGGGCGAGUGGAGGCGGAGCCCAGCAGCGGAGGGGGACGCCACCGCACCAGACUGUGGACUGCGACGAUCGCCGCGAGUCACGCCGCUGCGCCGCCAAACGGUGGUACGACCAGCAUGCCCACGACCUGCCCGAGUUCCCCGUCGGGACUCGCGUCCGUGUGCAGGACGUCAGGACAAAACGAUGGGACAGGUGCGGCGUGGUGACGUCGGUCGGCCCCCACCGACGCUACAGUGUACGCUUCGACGAUGGAGGGGAGGUGGAUCGGAACAGAUGCCACCUGCGCAGGCGGCACGCUCUGUGCCCGGUGCCCGGAGUGGAGCCUCCCGGGAGAGCCGGCCCGCGUGUCGUCACACAACCGGACACUGGUCGGAUGAGUCGUGACCAUGCAUCUGCGAGCGAAUCGCGCGCCUCCACGCGGCCGGAUCGCGCGCCGCGCACUGAGCCGCCGACUGUCCGCCGAUCCACCCGUGUGCGGAAGCCAGUGCGUCGACUCAUAGAGGAGAUGUGAUGGUGUACUACGUUUCUUGUUAUUUUCGCUAUUGUGUUAUGAUUCCGUUCUUUUCGUUAUACCUCGAGCGCGCUGGGGGCUUAAGGGGGGAGAUGUGGUGGUGUGCAUCCCCGGUCUGUACCUGGGGUUUGCAUCUCUACGACCAUGUGUGCCCUCGGGGCACGGUCCGGCGGCGGCUCCCGGCCGGACCGUGCGGGGCCGCGUCAGUCUCUACUGGGUCCGCGCCACGCUCGCUCGCUGUGAACAAUACACCUGCACCGGUUCAGAGGCGUC